AUGGCUGAGCAACAAUCACGUGGAAGUGUACCGGUUCUGCAGGCCGUGGGAAUCAUUGCGCCGACAUUAUAUACGGGCUUCACAUUCGCCUACCCCCACGUUCUCAUCCCGCCACUCACCACGCAUGCGCCGCCCAAGCUGCUCGCAAGGCAAUGGCUGCAGGCGUAUCGCUUUGCACCUACAUUCGUGGCUCCGCUCGUCAUGCUAGGCACUGCGAGUAACGCCUUACUUGCGUAUUUGUUCUUCUCUUCCUCGUCCUUUUCUGCAGCUGCAAAACUGUAUGGUCUCGCUGCCCUCGCAACAGCAUCCAUUGCGCCGUACACAGCGCUGUACAUGGAGCCGGGGGUCAAUGGCGCGGGAAAAUGGAAGGCGCGCGAGUUGCUGGGCGGGGACGAAGUAGUGUUCAAGGGCAUGGGACGCGGCACUGAGAGGGACUCUGCGACGGGGGCGGCGAAGAGCUGGGCUGAGGGGGUGGAUAUGAAGUGCAUUGUGGAAACAUGGGCAAGGCUGAAUGCCUGGAGAUAUGUGAUUACUGCUGCGGCAACGAUUUGUAGUGCGGGCGCGACGGUGCUAGGAAGGUGA